GCUGGAAGCCAUAGUUGGGAAAUUUCAAAUUAUAUAUGCACAUUACACACUAAGCACACCAUCAUAUGUAAGUGCCUAAUUCAUCAAGAAAAAAAAAAUUUAAUAAAAAAAUCAUGGCAAGCUCGUUUAUUGUGCUCUACACUGCCCUUGUGUGGUGGUGGUGCUACUUCUUGUGCAACAUCCCUGCAGCCAGUUGCUUCAUGGCAAAUGAGACGGAUCGGCUUGCAUUGGUGGCCUUCAAGGCUGCAAUAGUUGAAGACCCAUUUGGUGCCUUCACUUCCUGGAAUCAUUCAGUCCACCACUGUCACUGGAACGGCAUUUUGUGUAGUCGUCGACAUCCUGAUAGAGUUAUUGGGAUAACUCUAACGUCCCAAGGCCUGGUUGGAUCACUCUCACCUCAUGUAGGAAACCUCUCCUUCCUCAAAAGCAUCGUUCUUCAAAACAAUAGCUUCCACGGCCCAAUCCCACAGGAGAUGGGUCGCUUGUUUCGGCUACAAACACUACACUUCAGCAACAAUUCGUUUGGCGGCGGAAUACCCAACAACCUUUCUCGCUGCUCAAAACUUGAAUGGCUGAACUUGAUUGACAACAACCUAACCGGAAACAUCCCAGCUGAGUUGGGCUCUUUGUCAAGGCUUGGAAUUUUAGCCUUGAGUAAAAACAAGCUUUCAGGAACCAUCCCUCCGUCCAUUGGAAACCUCUCAUCUCUUUCAAAACUCUCUUUGGCGGAAUGUAAUCUGCAAGGGGAGAUUCCGGGGGAAAUUACUAAGCUUCGAGGCCUGACAUUUGUCCAGUUAUCGCAGAAUAAACUAUCUGGUAAGGUUCCAUCUGGACUUUACAAUGUCUCCACCAUCAUUUUGUUAUCAUUAACCGAAAACCAACUUGAAGGAAAUAUUCCUCAUGAUAUAGGCUCCACACUUCCUAAUCUCAAGUUUCUUUAUUUUGUGAACAAUUCGUUUACUGGAACACUUCCUACUACACUGUCAAACGCUUCGGAGCUUGAAUGGAUAGUCUUCUCUGAGAAUGAUUUCAGUGGGACAAUGCCGAGAGAUCUUGGAAAACUUAUGGGUCUUCAAACGAUAGCAGUUGAUCAAAAUCGGUUGCAAGAUGACCUCACUUUUAUUUUGUCUCUAACAAAUUGCACCAGUCUACAAUUUAUUGAUGUGGGUAGAAAUCUUCUCAGUGGUACAUUGCCUGACUCUGUAGCUAAUCUCUCCACAUAUCUUAGCUUGAUAAAUUUGGAGCUUAAUCAAAUACAUGGAAGCAUUCCUUCAGGCAUCGGGAACCUCCUCAGCCUCACUGUCUUAUCUAUGGCAGUAAAUAAUCUUUCUGGCCCUAUUCCAUCCUCCAUCGGCAGACUUCAAAAGCUGCAUGCUCUGUACUUAGACCAGAACAAAUUCACAGAACUUCCAUCUUCGCUUGGUAAUUUGACUUCGUUGAUUACACUCAACUUGGGACAAAACAAUAUCCAUGGAAGCAUACCUCCGAGUUUGGGCAAUUGUCAUAGCUUGUUGGAAUUAGACCUUUAUAAAAAUAAUCUCAAUGGUUCAAUACCCCGUGAAAUUAUGAAUCUCUCCUCCCUUUCAACAUUCCUCUUGUUAUAUCACAAUGCACUGACUGGUUCUCUUCCAUUAGAAGUUGGGUCUUUGAAAAAUCUUGCAGUCAUGGAUUUGUCCUAUAAUAGAUUAUCAGGAUCCAUACCAAACACUCUGAGUAGUUGUUUGAGUCUGGAAUGGCUGCUGUUGGAGGCGAAUUCAUUUGAAGGAGAGAUACCUCAAAGUUUGAGCACGUUGAGGGGCUUAAGAGUAUUGGAUCUUUCACGCAACAAUUUAUCGGGGCUGAUCCCAAGUUAUCUAGGUGAGCUUCAAUUAGAUAUGUUGAAUUUGUCUUUUAAUAUGCUACAUGGACAAGUUCCCAUGCGAGGAGUGUUCAGAAAUUCAAGUGCAAUUUCAAUUGUUGAAAAUAAUGAUCUAUGUGGAGGUAUUGCAAAAUUAAACCUUCCACCUUGUUCAUCCUCCAACUCAAGCAAGAAUAAACUCUCUCACAAGAUGAAAGUGACCCUACUGGUGGUUGCUCUUGUGACAUUUUUAUCUCUGUUAGUUAGCUUCUUUAUAUUUCUUCAACGGCGUCAUGUUUCGAAAAAGGAGGCCUCUUGCACGCCAUCAAUCAUGCAUCAAUUUUUUAGGGUUUCUUAUGCAGAGCUUCUCAAAGCCACCAAUGGAUUCUCAGAGGCUAAUCUAAUUGGUGUUGGAAGCUAUGCUUCAGUUUACAAAGGGAUUCUUGAUCAAGUUCAGAUGGCUGUGGCAGUGAAAGUGCUCAAUCUUCAAACCAGAGGAGCUUCUAGGAGCUUCAUGACAGAAUGUGAGGCACUAAGAGUGAUAAGGCAUCGAAAUAUAUUGAAAAUUUUGAGUGUUUGUUCUAGUGUGGAUUUCAAUGGUGAUGAAUUCAAAGCUUUGGUAUAUGAAUUUAUGGCCAAUGGAAACUUGGAUAAAUGGUUGCAUCAAGUUGGAGUGGGAAACCAUGGGCAGCAAGAAGAACCCAGAAAUCUUAAACUAAUCCAAAGACUGGACAUUUCAUUUGAUGUCGCUUCUGCACUUGGGUAUCUUCAUUGUGGUUGUGAGUCGACAAUUAUUCAUGGUGAUCUAAAACCAAGUAAUGUUCUUUUGGAUGAUGAGAUGACGGCCCAUAUUGGAGAUUUUGGGUUAACAAAAGUUAUUUCUACCACUUCAAGUGUCGUGGCACAAGGUCAAAGCAAUUCAAUUGUGAUAAGGGGAACCAUAGGCUAUGUUGCUCCAGAGUAUGGCAUGAGAGACAUGGCUUCCACUCUAGGGGAUGUAUACAGCUUUGGGAUUCUUUUACUGGAGAUGUUUACUGGUAAGAAACCAACUAAUGAUAUGUUUAAGGAUCAUCUAAAUCUUCAUAACUUCGUUAAAAAUGCUUUGCCUGAUCGAGUGAUGGAGAUUGUGGAUCCUUGCAUCCUAUUGGAGCAUAACACAAGAAGGCAAAUUAAAGACUGCAUGAUUUCCGUUCUACGAAUUGGGGUUGCAUGUUCAAUGGAAUCACCAAGAGAUCGAAUGGAAAUGGAGAGUGUUAUUAGCGAAAUGCGUAAGAUCAAAACUACUUACAUGAAUGAAGGGUUGAACCAAGAUUAGGAAGUUGGAAGAGGUUGUGCAACAUGAAAACCAAAGGUUUACAUCCAAGGUCCUCCAAUAAUGGUUACCUCAACAGUAUGCUACUUCAACAGCCAAUAGAAUACAAGUGGUGGCUUUAUGUUACUGUUGCCUCAGCAAUCUUUAAUCUAUUGCUUGAAUAUAUGUUCAGGUGGGAUGUUAUGUUUCUAGCUAAGAUUGUGUGCUUGGGAUUACCAAUAUUUAUCCCUGUUAAAUUAAAACUAUCUUUUCGUUGUAUCUUGACUUUUCAUUGAAAUUAUUGCAUGUCCAUGUAUCAAAAAUUAUUUGCUUUGUA